AUGUCCUGUGUGGACGAGUUAAAAACACCACUCAUCGAGAUCAAGAAUGCUUUAAUGAGGGAUAAUGCCUUUCCCAUCUGUAGUAAUGACUGUGAACACUGUCUGAUUAACCCGCAACAAUGUAGAACAUUGAAGUCUGUCAUACAACAAUUAAUGGACCAAGGGAUCUUGGUGGUAGACUGUCCGUCCACAAAGGAAGAUGUGUCUACCCUCGAGAUACCAUACGACGAAGUCCCUCCUCUGCAAAUUCCAUAUGACUUCUCUCAGUUAACUCUGUCGACAAAUCCUGUUACUCCAAUCAUAAUAACAGUUCCCACACCAUUCCCAUAUGUUGACACCAAGGUAGUCCCAUGGAUGUAUGACACCUCAGUCUACAUUCAUGGUCAGAAGAUUCAAGAAGAACUGUUGAAGUCUAGUGAUCCAAUGAUCAAUAUCACCGACACUAGCGGAAUCAUGAGAAGUGGGAGGAUAUUUUCACCAACACCCACUCCAAUUGGAACUAUCAAUCCUUCAACUUCAGACAAAGGCAAACAAAUUGAUGGCGCUCAGCAAAGACAAGACCCUGCACCUUCCAAUGAAGUAGACGAGUUCUUACGCAUUAUCAAGAAGAGCGAUUAUCGAGUAGUUGAUCAACUUAACCAGACACCCUCGAACAUCUCAAUGUUGUCUUUAUUAAUGUGCUCGGAGGCUCAUAGGGAUGCUUCGGUAAAAUUUCUGAGGACAACUCAUGUACCGCAAGAGAUAUCUGUUUGUCAGUUUGAAGGAGUAGUUAACAAUAUCGCUACUAGCUUAAACUUGGGUUUUAGUUAUGAAGAGCUUCCCGCCGAGGGGAGGAAUCAUAACAAGGCUCUCCAUAUUUCUAUUGAGUGUGUGGACACAGUCCUAUCAAGAGUUUUGGUAGACACUGGGUCUUCCCUUAAUGUGAUGCCUAAGAGCUCCUUUUCUAAACUAACUAUUGAAGGACUCGUAAUGAAGCCGAGUAAGCUUAUAGUAAGAGCAUUUGAUGGGACUAGAAGGACUAUAAUCGGUGAGGUGAAUUUUCCUAUGAAGAUUGGUCCUCAUACUUUCCUUAUCACUUUCUUCGUAAUGGAUAUCUAUCCAGCCUACAAUUGUCUACUUGGGAGGCCUUGGAUCCAUUCGGCUGGUGCAGUCACUUCAAUGCUCCACCAAAAAUUGAAAUUCUUAGCUGAUGAUAAACUAGUUGUUGUCGAGGGUGAGGAGGACAUUGUCGUAAGUCACCUCGCAUCUUUCCGAUACGUUGAAGGAGAAGGGGAGAUGAGGAAAAUCCUGUUCCAAUCAUUUGAAGUUAUCAAUGUUGAAAUGGUUUGCCCAGCAAAGGAUGAAUCAAAAGAUGCCGAAUCUCCAAUGGCAUCUCUUAAAGACGCCCUGAAAAUCAUAAAGGAUGGACACCCCCAAGGAUGGGGAAGAUUGCUUGAACUUCCUGCCAACAAGGACCGUACCGGUUUCGGAUACAACUCCCAGAAUUUGAAGAAGCCCGCGCCGAUAGCUACAAAGGGAUCAAUGCUCCUGCUAUCUGAAAACUUCUCAAGUGCUGGUUCCCUUGAUGACAACCGUAUAUGUGCCAUGGAAGAAGAAGAAGAAGAAGAUGUUGGGUUAAUCUUCACAAAGACUGAUGGAAAGGGUGCCACCAAAUGGACCGAGAUUGAAAUACCUAAAGUAACUUUGAUUGAAAUAUCAUCCUCGACAACCACCAAUGACAAUUCUGCUACGGUCUCGUACGAUUUUGACAACCCGAUUAAUCAAGCCGGUGAAGAGUGUGAAGAAGAGGCCGAAAUCCCUGAAGAAUUGGCAAGGCUGCUCAAGCAACAGGAAAAAGUCAUCCAGCCGCACGAAGAAUCAGUGGAAGUGAUUAACCUUGGGACAAAUGAGGAAGCGAAAGAAGUCUGA